GGUCAGUCGCUCGUAUAUAAGCCUUCUAAAAGCCGCCGCGUAAAAGUAGACCAACACUCCAACAACUUUGAAUAUGUAGUGGAUAGAGAAGAAAUUCGCGCAAUUUCCGGCCCCAUACAACCAGCAUGAUGUUAAAAGAGUACAGAAUAUGUAUGCCUUUGAGUGUAGACGAGUACAGAGUUGGGCAAUUGUACAUGAUCAACAGACAUAGUCAUGAUCAAAGCGAGACAGGAGAAGGUGUUCAUGUUGUCAAGAAUGAGGCGUGUGAAGAUAAGGAGCAUGGAAAUGGCCAGUUCACAGAGAAAAGGGUUUAUCUGUCAAGUCGACUUCCAAGCUGGGUCAGAUCAUACAUACCAAAGAUAUUUUAUAUAGUAGAAAAAGCAUGGAAUUUUUAUCCUUUCACAAUAACAGAAUAUUAUUGCUCUUUUUUACCAAGAUUCUCAAUCAAAAUAGAAACCAGAUAUCUUAAUGAUAAAGGUUGUACAGAAAAUUGUUUUAAUCUCAGUCCAGAGGAACUGGAGAGUAGAGAAGUUAUUCCUGUAGACAUUGCAUUUGAUGAGCUGCCAGAAAAGUAUUAUGUAGCAGAAGAGGACUGCAGAACGUUCAAAUCCGCAGUGACGGGGAGAGGCCCACUUGAGCCAGGAUGGAGAGAUACUAGUGACCCAAUUAUGUGCUCUUACAAGCUCGUCAAUGUCUCAUUUGAUGUUUGGGGUCUAAGUCAACGAGUAGAAGCUUACGUACAUAAGGUUGUCCAGGAUAUUCUGUUGGUAGGCCACAGGCAGGCAUUUGCAUGGAUAGAUUUGUGGUAUGAAAUGGAUAUCAAUGAUGUUCGAGAAUAUGAAAAAACAAUGCAGGAAAAGACAAAUAACAAAGUGGCUGUUGGUGUUGAGGAAAAGUGACAGAAAACAAGAAUGAAGCCAACUGAGAGAGCUCAAUAAACUAGCAUCUUAAAAGACUAGGCAAAUCCCAGAGAGUACUCGUAAUGCUAAGAUGCCUUAUGGUUUUGAAAAAAAAUUUCCUAUCAGUGUAUUAGUCUUCUCCCUAAAUAUAGUACAAUGCUGUCAUUUAGAAAUGCUUUACAAUAGUGUAAAUUAACAUUAUUAACAUAACACUUUCUCUAAAUUAUAACCAUUGAUAUAUAAAUGCAACAAAUAUUCACAACAUCAUUUUUAUAUCAUUUUAUUUACUCUCUAAACUUUUGAAACAUUGAGCCUCUUGGCAGUCUAAUGCAUAAUGUAAAUGAAAAUACAAUUUGACCCAAAGCUACCUGAAAGUGCAACAGGUUUAUAUACUUUUUCUACAUACUUGGAAAAGCUGUGUAAAAUAUCCACCUUGCAGUAAUUAAAUAGGGGCAUGCAAUUCCCUGACAUGUACAUAAGAAUUGCAAUAAUAAAGUUAAUUUCGUUCAA